AUGGCGGAGAAACACUUGAUUGUUGUCCACAACUAUCUCAAAGACAGGGACGCCUAUGGAUUUGCCUUGAGACCUCAACACGUUCAAAGAUAUCACGAAUACCUUAGCAUCUAUACGGAGGAAGAGACAGAGAGGGGAGAGAAAUGGAAAAACUUUCUUGACCGGCUUGAAGAUUCCCCUGAAUCUUGUUCCUCUGAAGAAGAGUUCCAGGAUACAUUGCCUGCUGAUGAUGGUUCAGAAUCUGGAGAGGAGAGUGCUGCUUCUGGGGAAGGUUCAAGAAAGAAGAAACAUGAUGAAUCUGAACUUGGUGGUGAAGCGGUGCAGGACUUUGAACAAUGUAGCUCAGAAACAGUUGAUGAGCUUUCAAAAGAGAGUCAACCAGACAAGGGGGCAGAGGUUUUCGAAAAAGACAGCAAACCUGUGAAGGAUGAUAAGGAGCAACUUGAAUCUGAAGAUGAGAGUACUGCUUCAGGGGAGAGUUCAAGAAACGGGAAACAAGAAUCUGAACCUGGUGGUAAAGAAGUGAAGGAUCCUGAAACAGUUGAUGAGCUUUCAAAGGAGAGUGACUCAGACAAGGAGGCGCAGGUUCUUGAAGAGAGCCAAUACUUGAGAGUGAAGAGUCUUGAAAAAGACAGCAAAGCUGUGGAUGAUGAUGUUAAGGACCAAUCUGAAUCUGAAAAGGACAAGGAGAAGGAGCAUUCAGACGAAAGCCAAUCUGAUGAAGAGAAACAAUCUCAAUCAGUGAAACCAACCGAAGAUCAAGUAGACAUUCAACAAGAAAAUGAACCAGAAAAGCCCUUGGCAGAAGCAGAUAAAUGUGAAGUGGAACAUGAAAAAGGACAACAAGAGAAGAAGCCCCGUUCAGUCAUAGAAUGGGCUGACAUCAGACCUUGUCUUUCCUCCAUAGAAGAUAUGAUGUGCACUCGUGUUAAAAACGUAAAUGAUAUGAAUAACAGUCAGAGAAGUUCACGGAUAAACAAAUCACUGUCUUCCAUUGUAGAAUCUGAACAAAAGUCCGGAGAAAGUGACCAUGACAAUGAUGUUGCUCAAAAUAGUGUUUCUCCAAAGCCAUUCUUCCCUUGGUAUGAAGAACUUGAGGUACUUGUUCGUUUAGGAGUACCAAGGGAUCUCAGAGGAGAGGUUUGGCAAGCCUUUGUAGGUGUGAAGGCAAGAAAAGUGGAUAAUUACUAUCAUGAUUUGUUGGACCACAUAACUAACUUUGAUGAAAGCAAGGAACAUGAUGUUCAAAGAAAGUGGAAGAAACAAAUUGAAAAGGAUAUACCAAGGACGUUCCCAGGUCACCCUGCUUUGAAUGAGAAUGGUAGAGAUUCCUUAAGACGGAUACUUCUAGCUUAUGCUUGUCACAACCCAUCUGUUGGUUACUGCCAGGCUAUGAACUUCUUUGCUGGCCUAUUGCUUCUGUUGAUGCCAGAGGAAAAUGCAUUUUGGACUUUGGUUGGAGUCAUUGAUGAGUAUUUUUAUGGCUACUAUACAGAGGAGAUGAUAGAAUCUCAGGUUGAUCAACUAGUUUUUGAAGAGUUGAUGAGAGAAAGAUUCCCAAAACUCG